AUGGAUGAAGAGUACGACUACGUUGUCUUGGGCACUGGCUUGACGGAAUGCAUCUUAUCCGGUUUGCUUUCGGUCGACGGAAAGAAAGUCUUGCACAUGGACAGAAAUGACUAUUAUGGUGCAGAAUCUGCCUCUCUGAAUCUCACCCAGCUCUAUCGAAAGUUCCGCCCCGGUCAAGAGCCUCCCGCUGCGCUAGGCCGAGACAGGGACUGGGCUAUUGAUUUGAUCCCCAAGUUCAUGAUGAUCAACGGCGAACUCACCAAUAUCCUAGUGCACACUGACGUCACCCGUUACCUCGAAUUUAAACAAGUUGCUGGCUCGUAUGUGCUUGCCGCUGGGAAAGUGGCCAAGGUACCUGCCAGUGAAGUGGAGGCAGUCACAUCACCCCUCAUGGGCAUCUUCGAAAAGAGAAGGGCCAAGAAGUUUAUGGAAUGGGUGGCCAACUACAAUGUCAGCGAUCCGUCUACCCAUCAAGGUAUCUCUCUCGAGACCACAACGAUGCAAGAUGUAUACGCCAAGUUUUCUUUGGAGGCGGCAACCCAAGAUUUCAUCGGACAUGCAUUAGCUCUUCAUUCCGAUGAAUCAUACAAGACCCGGCCCGCUAAGGAAACACAUGAGCGCAUCAUGCUCUAUACCAAGUCUCUAGCUCGGUACGGCAAGUCGCCAUACAUUUACCCUCUGUACGGCUUGGGUGAACUUCCUCAGGGCUUCGCCAGAUUAUCAGCCAUCUAUGGCGGAACCUAUAUGCUUGAUAAGCCUAUCGAUGAGAUCAUUUACGACAGUGAAGGCAAGGUCUCGGGUGUGAGGAGCGGCACGGAGACCGUCAAGGCGAAAAAAGUCAUAGGCGACCCGAGUUACUUCUCGAGCGGUAAUGGGGAGAAGGUCGUCGAGCAGGGCAAAGUAGUCCGUUCAAUUUGCUUGCUUAAGCACCCUGUGCCCAACACAGAUGAUAGCGAUUCUUUUCAAUUGGUUAUCCCUCAAGCCCAAGUCGGUCGAAAACAUGAUAUCUACAUCGCCGCUAUUUCUUCAACUCACAAUGUUUGUGCUAAAGAUUACUAUGUGGCGAUUGUUUCCACUAUCGUUGAGACCUCGACCCCUGAGCUCGAGCUAGAUGCUGCGUACAAGCUCAUUGGUCCCAUCCACGACAAAUUUGUAACUGUGAGCCCAAUCUACGCUCCAGCAGCUUCCGGCCAACAAGACAACGUCUUUAUCACUCGGUCAUACGAUGCCACCAGUCAUUUCGAAACUGUCACCGACGAUGUUAAAGAUGUAUGGCGCCGAGCUGUUGGUGGCGAAAUUGCCCUCAAGAAGCGCGAAGCAGGCGAUGGAGGUCUUGAAGCUCAAGCAUAA